CUUCAACUUGGAAACAAUACGCCGUGCUUAGGUUAUCUACCUGUACAUACGAGUUUUAAAUGGAGUGAAAUACGGUAUGGAUAGUAGGAAUAUCAGAAUGUGACAGGUGCUAAAAAGAUGAGUAGGCCUAACGGAUAUACUUCCUACAGAGGAAGCAGUAGAGAAAUUAGACCUACGUCGGCAGAGCUGGUAGAUCUCCAUGUAUAUGUAGUACCACCAGAGAUAUGGAGGGAACGUUAUAACAACUUUUUAAAUCAGAAUGUAACAGAGACGAUCUCAGCAGGAAUUAUCAGGGUACAUCCUGAGCGUUUGUUGUAUGAUCUCCGCGAUGAGCUGGAGCAGCAGGUUGGGGUGGAGAUGCUCCCCCGAGAUUUUGUGUUCCUCAAAAGUGUUGGUCGCAGCAUCACAAGGUUAAAACAAAAGCAAGAAUACCAGUUAAAAGCAAAGCAUUUUAUUCCACCUCAGGCUUAUGCUCCUGAGUUGUAUUUAUUAGAGGUCAGUCCAGAUGACCGAGAGAGCAGUCGGACGUCAACGCGGCCACAAUCACCAUACUCCCAAAACCCAGAAAAAAUUUCACAAGUAAAAGUGGCAAUCAAGCAAAAAGAUUCAUCCAAGGCAAUUUUAGUGAAAAAAGAGAAAAGUCGACCUUCAAAGUUCAGAACCGAAGAGACCAAAAGGCGGACAAAAAUUAUCUCUCAAGAAAUAUGUGAGGAUGAACGUCGGUCAGCCAACAAAUCUAAACAUAGGCAUAAUCAGUCAUCCCCAUACCACUAUUCCCCCCUCCCCAAAAUCAGAUCUGGCCGUAGCCCAACACGCAGGGUUGAAUACAAUCACAAUGGUGACAUAAAAGCAGAAAGUCAAAGAUUAUCUGAAUCCUGGGGCUCUAACAGAGACAAACGCACCCCACCCCCUCCCCAAAAUGUGCCAAGAACCCCUCCCCGUCCUAAGGUCUCUAGAGAACAAACUCCCCGUAAUCAAACCCCAAGGGAAGAGUCCCAUAGGGCUCCUCCUAGGUAUUCAACUACUCCAACAGAUCACAGAAAGCGAGCAGACCAGAGCCGGGAACCAGCAUCAGGAACCUAUACUAACCACACCAACGAAGAUUCAGGGAUUAACGUCAAUUCACCAGUUGACCACUUUGAUGCAUUAGACAGAAGGAAACAAGAGGAAGACAGAAGAGAUGACCUUCAUCAGCGUCUUCACCCUGACAACGAAGAUGAUCACCAAAGAAAUGGGGAUCAGAAUGAUGAUGAGUGGGAGCGAAGACGCCGUGAGGAAGAGGAGCGAAGGCGUAGAGAAGAGGAGGAACGAAGGAGGAGAGAAGAAGAGGAAAGGAGAAGAGAAGAGGAAGAAAGGCAUCGCCUGGAGGAAGAGAGGGAGAGAAUACCAAAGCAACAGUUAACAGGUUCAGAUGAGGUUUCAACUGUAAGCUCCGAAAAUACACCAAUUGCUAGUAAUGAAGGGUCGAGAACAACAACACGGGGAAAACAGUAUCAACAGAGUCCAUCAUCUGCUUUUACUGAAAAUUCAUUGAAUUUCAAUAAACGGGGAAAUCCUUCGAUAAAUCGGAAUUCAGAAAAUUACAACAGAGAGCAACAGAGAAAUCAGAAUUCGGAAAAUUAUGGCAGAGAGCAAAGGGGAAAUCCCUUGAUAAAUCAAAAUUCAGAAAACUUUAACAGAGAGCAAAGGGGAAAUCCUUUGAUUAACCAAAAUUCUGAUAAUUUUAACAGAGAGCAAAGGGGAAAUCCUUUGAUAAAUCAAAAUUCAGAAAAUUUUAACAGAGAGCAAUGGGGAGAUACUUUGAUGAAUCAAAAUUCAGAAAAUUUUAACAGAGAGCAAAGAGGAAAUCCUUUCAUAAAUCAGAAUUCCGGAAAUUACAACAGGGAGAACGGGGGACCCCAUUUUAUAAAUCAGAAUUCAGAAAAUUUUAACAGGGAGCAACACAGAAAUCCAGUGUUUAAUCAGGAUUCGAAAAAUUAUCACAGUGAUCAUACUCCACCAUAUAGCGAUGAUUCAGUUUAUAGUCAUAAAGACAGAAUGAAAGUUCCUGGGGAUGACAAAAAUUCUGGAAAUUCUUACAAUAAUAAAGGUAGAAGGAAGGAUCCCCAAAAUUCUGAAAAUUCAAUGAAUUACGAUCAGGAGAGGUUGAAACUUCCUGAGACGGAUCUAAACAGAUUCCCUUCACCACCUCCACUUCAGAUAAAUGAUUCAAGUCAGGUCCAUGAAACAGAAUCAUCAAAGCAAAACAAAAAAGCUGAAAAAGAGCGUCUUCUGAAAGAAUUGGAAGCUGCCCGUGAAGCCCGGAGAGCUGUUGAGAAACAAAGGGAAGAGCUAGUAAAAAAGGCCAAGUUAAUGCAGACGAAAACUCAGAAUCGUCGAAAUCAUGCCAGGGAUUUAUGGAAGAAGCGUUAUUUUGAAGAAAAGAAAAAGACGCCACCCUUGGAAGAGCAGUGCAACAGAUUACGACAUGAACUAGAUAUCAUUCAUAGAAAAUUAAUGAAUACAUUGGAAGGACCUUCUAAAGAGAAAUCCACCAGACUGGGCGACUUGAAACCUUCCCAAAAGAAUAAUUAUAAAAUACAAGCUACGAGAUUGACUCAUGAAAUUGAUGACAUGAGGCGACGACUCGAGAAUGCCAAGAUGAAACUGACAGCUGAGAUGAAGCUACGCAACCAGGCAGAGACAGAACUUCGAGCCCUGCGGGCAGAACUGACCCAACAGAAAAUUCAACUAACCCUGAGUCGAAAAGAGCAGUUAGCCAAAUUGACUCCCACCACGCAUGAUUCUCGCCUUAUGACAUCAUCAUAUUCGUAGCAAUUUUUUUGUUGACAUAAAUUAUAUCUUAUAUUGAUAUUAUUGUAAAAAGGAAUACAUGUUCAGCUUUAUAAAUAGCAAAGUUAAUUUUAGUUAAAUUUAAUUAUUUUGCCAUCAUUUUAUAAUGAAGGUCAUAUAUUGUAUAUUCAUAUUUAGAGUCAGUGAGAUUUAUCUAUCCAAAUCUUGUAGUAUACAAGAUGCAUAAAAUUGUUAUACGACAUAUUUUUUGUGAUUAUAUAGAUGGAAAAUAUAUAUUGAGUUGUAAAUGCUGGAAUGGUUCCAAAUGGGUUUAUAGAUUUUAUGCACUCUGGGUUUAAGCUUUAAUAAAUGCUCUGCAUUAUAGAUAAUAGACUUUCUAUUAUUUUAUUAGAUUCAGUUAUCUUCACAUCAAUUUCGGAUGCGUCUUUCAUUAGAUAAUAAUUAAAGAGUCUUAAAAUACCAUAUCUUAAAUUCAAAAUUGACACAGAAUAGAGAGAUGUGCUUCUAUGACAAAUCAGUCGCACAUUUUGAGCAUAUAUGGAUUAUAAUUAGAAAAACAAAUGUGCAAUUCAACAUUUGGAAGGAAAAAAUGUAAUUCUUUCGUUACGUUCCUGAGUCUGUGUUUUCAACUUCCUCAUAAUUUGACUAGAAUUAAAAAUUACUUCCGUUUGGUAGUGUGACAGUAUAGUAAUGUUUCUGUUGUGCUAUGAUAAUUUUUUUCACCGAUUUACGUGUAUGUAUUGUUUGUUGAUCUGUGAUAUUUCAUCAUUGACUGUGAUUCAGUUCUUAAUCUUGCAUGUUUUGAAAGAUUGUGAUGUUAUUUUUUUUGUGUUGUUACAAAUAAUCAAGAUUUUUCUUUCUUCCUAUACAUAUAUUUAUAACCAUUGCAUACAACAAAUUUACCAAAUUUUGUAUUUGUUCACAUCUAGUGAGUUCAUUUUAGUAUCUAUUUGAAGUUUUAUACAUUCAGUUUUCAUUGUCUUUUAAUUCCAAGGCUCCUUGAUAGAAAAUCUGUUAAUGAUCAGGAAUAUAGACAUUAAACCAUGAACCUUACAUAGAUCACUUUCUAAGCCUUGUGUUGUAUUUAUAUAAAUGCUAUAUUCUGUACAUCAGUAUUUUCUUGUAUUCUGUCUUCUACAAAGAUUAUUUAUUUACAAUUCCAUCCUUUUCUAUAUUUUAUGUUUUGAAUGACAGUAUUUGGUACAUGAACCCAAAGUCUUUUGUCAAAUUGAAUAAAUCUUUUAUUGAUUAAA